CUGGUUUUGCUUCUUCUUCUUCUAGCGUCCGUCGCGCCGGUCGGCAGUUUUUGGAGGGAAAAAUGGAGGUGCUCAAACUGUCCAAGUUCAAGCUCCAGCUGCGAGCCCUAGUCACCGAAGCUCGCGAUCUCAGGGAGAGGGAGCGAUCGGCAACCGAGCAGCUUCACGCGCUAAUGCAGAAGCAGAAGCAAAACGACGAGGAGCGCGGUCGAGAGCUGCAGGAAUUGCAAGCCGAGCUGGCUUCGUCCGUCGAGGCGCGCCAGAAGAUCGAGCGGAAGAUGAAUCGUCUCCGGGACGACAACGCUUUGCUCGAGAGCAGGCAAAAAGAGCUCAAGGCGACUAUACAGAAGUUGCUUCAGUCCAGAGAUGAUUUCAUAAAUGCUUACCGGGAGUCAACUUGUGAAAUGAGCCGUUCCAUAGAAACCAGGGACAGAAAGCUUUCUCUGCUAUCAGAGAAGUUAAAUUCUCACAUUAUGUUAUUUGAUUCGAUAGAAAAGGAGGCACUUUCCAUCAAGCAAGUCAUGGAUAGCGUGAAGGACCUUAUCAGUAACAAAGAGGAAUUGGGCACGUGUAUUUCUGAAUCUUUUUGUUUGCUACAUACAGUAUCUGGCUUGAAGAGCAAAGUCAACGAGGUCUGUGCGUUUGAGAAGUUGUUUAUAGAAAGGAUUAAUUAUCUGGAAAACAAGGUUAAAAAUGAUGAGGAGGAGUUGAAGAGGAAAGAUGGAAUCAUUGCCCAGCUUGAAGAACAAUUGGAAGCUGCAAAAGUUAGCAACAGUCACCAAACUCAGAUGGAAGAGCUUCAAAAGGCCCUGUUUGAGAAGGAUGUUGUCAUCCAAAACUUGGUUAGUGAGAAAAAGGGACUGCUCUUGGAAGUGGGAAGUUUGGCAAUUGUGCUGCAGAAGAUUCAGGACACUAUUCAAAUUAUGAAUAAGGAGGACAAGAACAAAUUUUCAUCAAUUGUGGAAUGCAAAGAAAAUUUUGGUAUGGUUAUGCCAAAUGAAAACACUGGGACUGAGGAAGAUGUUCAAAUGACUGAUUCAAGAUCUGCAAUUGAGGGUUGUCAAGAAGGUGCUGCAGCAAAUUCAGAAUCCUCUUGUUGUCAAAAGCAUAACUCAUAUUGGAACCUCUUGCAGGAGGAUAAUCACUUGAACUCCCGCACCUCUGAGUUUGCUUGUUCUCCUACAAAGUCAGCCUGCUCGGACCUCGAUCAGCGGAUCAUGGUCGAAAUAUGUCUACCCAUGAUGAGAAGGACACCGAUAGAACGUUUUCGCACCUCUUGGAGUCAGAGUGCUCGACAACCCAAGCAGAAGCCUCGGAAGGAGCAAAGCUUUGACGCGUUCGGAAUGCAUUUGUGGAACCGCGACCGAUGGAAAAAGGGAAGCCCGUGUGCAAGUUUUUCUUUACUUUGCUCGAAGUUUCGAAGUUCAGCUUGCGAGCAUUGUAGCCUUUCCCUUCACGGGAACUUCCUAUUGGGGGAACGGAUAAUGGUGCAACCUCCGAAGUAGGGUCAGAAUAUGCGUGGAUGUUGCUCAUCUAAUGGUCCAUUUUUCACAAGAAAAGCGCACAAAACACGGCGCGAUUCUCAGAUCCUAAUAAAGUGGUAGACAUUUUGUCA